AUGAUGCUCGCCAAGUUGCUAGCGCGGCUAGCGGUGUUUAGCCUUACUUGCUGGCUCCAGAGGACACACGCCCUGCAGAAAGAGUGCGACUUUAAUUUCAACGUCAAGUUGUUAUCAAAUAUAUAUGACAAGUACAAUGGGAAGCACAUAGAAGAACCCGAGGGGAGCACAGACUACUGUACCAAUUUGGAGAGUUUAAACUCGCUCAAAGCCUUCUGGCAAUUAAAAUUGAAAUCCCUAUGCACAGAAGAAACGUCCAUUUUGGAUAAGCAAGUAUUUAACAAUAUUUGCAGCAAAACGUACAAAGUGCCCCAUGUAACGUUGAGCGGGUUAGAAGUAGGCAAGGAUGUUGUUAAUAUCGAAUUUUUUUGCGCCCACUUCUUAUAUAGUAACAACAAAGAGGUUAUAAAAUGUGUACGACAUAACGUUUUGAAGAAUUACCUAGAUUCCUAUCACAUAGCUUUUGAUUUAUCCGUUUCGCAAGAGUUGCUAAAGCAGUCGAACCAUGUGGAUGAAGUUUUAAAUUUAAAAAACAUAGACGGAUUGGCUCUCACCAAAAGGAUAAUAGACGAUUCUGUGUGCAGGAUACAUUCCAGUGUACAUACCUUUAUGAAUAAGCACGACUUUGAGUUGUUCAAAGCGUUAGUAGGUUUAUGUACGAAGCUCGGUUUCCACAAUCAUUUUAUCAUAACGGAUAACAUCCACCCGUUGACUACUCCCCUAUUUAAUGAAAUACCCUACAGUUUAAAUUCUCUCAAUUUUAACAUACAAAAUAGUACCAUGUACUAUACAAAUUACGAAUACUUUGUGUAUAAUGUUAAGCUGGCCGAUAUAGACCACAUCCUCGGUUCGUAUAUGUCCCCAUCUGCCCUGGCCGUAAGCAAAAAUAAUUCGUACGUAACGUGGAUAGGUCUCAACAAAGACAACACUUUGUAUAAGAAAAAAUUCGCUGAAUUGUAUAGCCUCCUAGAUAACAAUAAGUACAUCGAUAGGAUUGUUCAGUGCUAUAGUAAGUACACGUCCAAGUACUAUGGAAGUAGUAUAAAAUAUUUUUUACGAUAUAUUCCGGAAAAUAAAAGAGAUGUGAUGCAAAAUAAUCCGAAAAUUUUUAUUUACAUUAUUAAUGGCAUAUGUAAGAACAUCCCGUCCAUUCACAAAUGUGUUGAGAAAAUUAUUUUCCUUGAUGGAAUAUACGAUUUGUACUUUAAAAACUUUAUGGUCAAUUUUAUAUACUACAAUGCCGCCUGCAUCUUUAAUUGCAAUCCGGUGGACUUGGGAAAAAUUAUCAACGAUGAACAGGUGUGGGACAUCCUUGUAAACUAUUUUUCAAACGCAUUUUUAGUGAAUUAUAAGAAGACAAAGACUACCAGCAUCGCGGCUUCUAAUCUCAACAAAGGUGCCGACAAGACGGACGAAUCUGCAUCACCAGAAACGUAUAACGAACUGGCCAAAUCGUACUACACCAAUUUUGACUACGAUUAUAUUCAUAGCGGUAAGUGGAAGAAGGAAAUCAAUUUGGAGGAUGAAGAAGCUAUUUUGAAGCCGUCAGAUGAAGCCGUCGAAUUUGAAUUUUACAAUUACACCUUCCAGACGCUGGACCUGAGCAGCUACACCUUCUUCAUUUUGAAGAGCCAAAUGGAGGAGGACAAUGUGUGCAAAAUUUCGUCCUUCAUUGAGGCCAACGGGAAGAAGUACGUCCACGUGAACAAGUACAUUGCCGACUUUUUCAGUAAGAACAACAAGCGGGUCCUCUCCCACUCGGGGGGCAAGAAGGGCUCCUCUGGCGGUGGGCAUGGUAGCGGGCAUGGUAGUGGGCACGGCAGCGGGCAUGGUAGUGGUCAUGGUAGUGGUCAUGGUAGCGGGAAUGGUGAUGGGCACGACGGGGGCGACGAAGGAUAUGACAGCACGGAUGGGGGAGAGCACGACGGGGGAGACAAAGGAUACGACAGCACAGAGGGGUAUGACGGCGGAGAGGAACACGACGAACAUGAUGAACACGGCGAGCAUGGCGAACACGACGAACAUGGCGAACAUGAUGAGCACGACGAGCACAGCGACGCCGCUGAAGGCGGAGAGGGCGAGCACGUGAACACCUUCAACAUGUUUGACGACUUCCUGGGAGACGACAAAGAAAGCAACAGCUUCAUGGACCUGUUCCAAAACAACCAGAUGUUCAACAAAAACCACAACCUGUUUGACAACCUCUACCACGGAGAGGACGAAGAGGAAGAAGGCGAGAUGUUUGCCGAUAAGGAGGAAGAGCCGUUAGACAUUGAGAAGCACAAGGUCUCCACCUCCAUGGGAGAUGUGUACCCUCUAAAAACGGAGUACACACUGAAAGAGUUGCAACACGUACAUGACAUUCACCCAGGAUUCAGUGAACUAGAUGAAGAAAUAAGACACCAUUUUUUUAGAAGCAAAAUGUUCGAAAAGGAAAUUUCCUUUACAGUCAAGGAUAUCCCAACAAAGAUCGAAAAUUAUUACAAGUAUUAUUAUGAAAUUAAAAAGAAGUUAAAAACGUUCGACAAAUAUGAUGAGGAACAUUAUAAGAUGCUACUUAAAAAGUCGAAAGAAGACCCAGAUGCUUUUUCAAAAAUAGAUAUAGAAUUUUCCUGCACGAGGAUGGGAAAGUGGCCAAUUCGUGGAACCACAGGUAGAUGGCUAUCCGACGUUUUAUGCGAAACCAAGUUGGUUCCCCAGCUGGUAUACAAUUAUGAAUAUGCAGAAAAGCACCCCCAGAAGAAGAACAAAAACGAAAUUGACCCCAAUUUGUAUACCUUAAAAGAAAACACGAGAUUAAUUGGUAUCGAAUUUGAAGACCAAGAACCGUACAGAUGUGCCAUUAGUUACCUGGGGGAUGAAAACAAAAAGACGCAUUUACCAGUAUCUGCAACUUUAUUGGUACACGUAGCUGUGGGGUUCUGUACACUACACGGUUUUAAAAUCAUUUGGCUAGCUGAUUCUGCCUUUGAUAUACACACCAAUGUGUAUCUAAGAUAUACCUCCAUCCUGGAACAAGGACAUACCUACUACGAACAGAGCAAUUUUGAAAUUUACGGACAAACGAGACUUAUAGCGCAGUUGGAAUAUAUCGCCUCUGGAAUGAACAUAGAAAAUAAUCUGAUCACUUCUGGUACUUUUAAAAACAGGUACAAUUUGAUUAGCUACCCAGGGGCAGACUUGCAAUUCUUGCUCGUCAUGUCUAAGAAGGUUAAAGAGACUAUUUACAAUUUAAAAUUUGAUUGCCAUAGCUGGGCGUACAAAGGAUGCUCAGAAUAUUACCCCUUGAUGAAGAAGAAUAAAAAAAUCGCCACAGAUGAACAUUACAAUACAAUUACGCUGAAUGGAAAAUAUUCCAAAAAGGAAUUAGAAGAAAUGUAUGAAUGUGCAUUUAUGCAUGAUAAAACUUUCCACGAGUUGAAUAAAAUAUUCCCUAAAGAAUGUACCUUCGGCUCCAGGAUAGGUGAUUGCCAUAGGCAAGUUAGAAAGCAUAUCCCCUGCUACAAUGAACAGUCAUGUAAAUAUUUAAUUUAUAUUUAUGAAAAUUUUUACAAGCCACAGAACCAUGUCAAUUUGCUUAAUGAGCAUUUUAUAAAGGUGUCCGAAAAUUUAACCAAAAUGUCUAGGCCAUACUACUUACAGUCCAUUUUGGCACUCGAACAUGAUAUACAAAUUAAGAAGAGCAAAAAAAUGAACACGCAGUAUGAAGACAUUGUGCUGUUCAUUUUGAAGAACUCCAUAUUUUACAUUUCCUGGGUUACCUCCAGUGAGUACUGGAAGAGGGCGGUGUACGUGCAGGACUCGAACACGUCCUUCGCGGCGAUCAAUCAGGUGGAGGACUACAAAAACAAGGAGAUGAUUUGCCCCGUUGCCUACGGGCAUGAGUUCAUAGGCCACAUGCUCGUGCAGUACAUGAAGUUUCCGAACGAUUUGUGA